GCAGCGGAGAGCACUUGGGGAGAACCGUCCAAUCCCGACUCAGCCAGCGAGUACAAGGGCGGCUUCUGUGAUCUGGCCCGGCCCUUUCCUUCUGAGCCGCCCUUCUCGCUAUCCGGCUCUAGGCUUCUGUCGCCAGCCCUGGGGUCCCAGGUGGCUUUGCCCUGCAGGUGCUGGGGAUCCCUGGUGGCCGCCUGACUCCCGAGCGCAAGGAAAUGGGUGCUUUACCAGGAGCUGCAUCCCUGGUUCUGAGGUAGGGCGGAGGGGGCGGCACCUGAGGAAUUCGCGGGCAGCAGGUUUACUUAAGUUGCAGCGGUCCAGAUGGAGCAACGCGGGGACCCUGGAACUGUUGGCAUUCACCGAUGUGACCAUUGAUUUCUCUGAAGAGGAAUGGGAAUGCCUGGAGCCUGCUCAGAGGAACUUAUACAAAGAAGUGAUGCUAGAGACCUACAGAAACCUGGUCUUCCUGGCCAUGCCCUCUCAUCAUACCCAGGAUAUUUUACCAGAACCGAACAGAGAACAUUUAUUUAUAAAAGUGAUAAAGAGAAGAUAUAAAAAUUGUUACCUUGACUAUUUACAACAAAAUAAAAUACAGAAUAGUGUAGGUAACAAUGAAGAUCAGAAAUCAUAUUAUAAAGAAGACACAUUAAUAGCAACAGUUUUUAAUAAAAAUGUCCUUAAUAAUAUCGACAGUCCUCAAGAAGAUUUAAUAGCUCAGAAAAGUAUUCAAUUUAUAACUGAAGGACAAGUUUCUGAAAGUGUUGAUUUUGAAAAUUUCUCUACACUCUGUCCAUCAUUCUGCAAUGAACAAAAGAUUUAUUCUUGUGCUCAAAGAUACACUUUUAAUGAUUGUGGGAAGGCCCCUAUGUACUCCCUACUGCUUAAUCAAAAUUCAGAUAUAGAUUUCUGGAAAGUGUGCAAUACAUGUGAUGAAACAAGCAACACCUUCAGUCAGGUCUCUAUGCUAAGCAAUUACCAGUGCCCUUACAUUGGAGAAAAAAAGCAUGAAUCUAGCAAAACACAUAACAAAUUUAGCUUUCAUUGCAAUCAAAGGGAACAUCAGUGUGGUAAUUGUGCCCAGAACAUUCACAAAGAUGACAGAUGUAAGAAAGUCCCUCCUUAUUGCUCAAAGCACCAUCAAAGUACUCAGAGCCAAGAGAUGCCUUGCAAAUAUGAGGAAUGGGAGAGAGCUUCUUAUCCAACUGCAAGCAUUCCUCAAUACAGUGGAACUCAUCCUGAAAGGGAGCCCCACAUAUUUAAGGAAUAUGUUCAAGCAGGAAGUUCCACACCACUUUCUAAAGACCACAGGUACCAUAGCAGUGGUCAACACUACAAAUUUAAAGAGUGUGGCAAAGCUUUUAAUCAAGGAUCACUCUCUAUUAUGCACCCCAGAAUUCAUAGUGUAGAGAAACCCUACAAUUGUGAAGAAUGUGGCAAGUUCUUUUUUAAACACCUGGUAUUGCAUAGCAGUGAGGAAACCUACAAAUAUAAAGAAUGUGAAAAAACAUUUAAGGAAUUUUCAACCCUUAGUCAACACCAAAAGAGUCAUACAGAAGAGAAGUCCUAUAAAUGUGAAGUAUAUGGCAAAGCUUUUAAUAAAAGAUCAUGUCUUACUCGACACCAGAGUAUUCAUACUGUAGACAAGCCCUACAAAUGUAAUAAAUGUGGGAAAGCUUUUAAAAAUAAUGUAUGCCUUACCAAACAUGAGGUAAUUCAUACUAUAGAAAAGUCAUACAAAUGUGAAGAAUGUGGCAAAGCUUUUAAUCGAAGAUCAUGCCUUACUCAACACCAGAGAACUCAUACAGGAGAGAAGCCCUACAAAUGUAAAGAAUGUGGGAAAGAAUAUACUCAAAGAGCAGGCCUUGCUCAGCACCAGAGAAUUCAUACUGGAGAGAAGCCCUAUAAAUGUGAACAAUGUGGCAAAUGAUUUACUCAAAAAGUAGGCCUUACUCAACACCAGAGAAUUCAUACAGGAGAGAAGCCCUACAAAUGUACUAAAUGUGAGAAAGCUUUUAGGUAUAAAUCAAGCCUUACACAGCACCAGAGAAUUCAUAAUGGAGAGAUUCAAUGUGAAGAAUGUGGGAAAGGUUUUAAUGAAAAAAAAUGGUUUACUCUUCACCAGACUAAUCAUAACAGGGAGGGGUAAUUCAAGUGUAAAAACUGUUGCAUAACUUUUAGCAAUAGCACAAACAUGGCUUAUCACUGGAGAAGUCAUAGUACAUACAAUCCAAAAUAGUGUAAAUACUGUGCCCAAGGCUUUACUCAAAUUUCAAAUUUUUCUUAACGUUAGAAACCUGAUACCUAUAGGGGAUGGGGAAAGAUAUUUGCCUGAAAUAUGUGCGUUAAAAAACAGCAAAAUAUCUACAAUAAAGAAAACACCUUUAGAAAUAUAAGAAAUAUAGCAAAACUUCUCUUGAUGUACCAUGAGAGGGAAAUGAGGGAUUGCCUUUGCCUAAAAUUUGUUAAACAACCCUAGGUGAUGUGGGAGAAAUAAAGAAAUUCUCACAAGUAGUAUAAAAUAGUUUAGAAACCUUGUCUCUGGAAGGAUGAAAAUUUAUUAUAAAUCAAAGAUUUCUCAAUACUUUCACUUUUAAAAACUGGAGAAAACAAUUUAACUUAGAUUUUUUAGCAGAAGAAGGCUUGUUCCUCAGAGUUGUUAAUCUACAAUUUCAAGUCUUUACAGUGGAUUAUAAAAUAGUUUAUUCACAUUGUGUAUAAAUUUUCCCACUAAAUAAAAGUAAAAAUUUUUAAUGUUUAACAUGUUAGGUGUUGAAUCAUGGUAA